AUGGAAUCAGAAAACCACACAGAAGUAUCAGAAUUUAUCCUCUUGGGCUUCUCAGAAGAUCCCAAACUGCAGCCCCUUCUCUUUAGGCUGUUCCUGCCCAUGUACCUGGUCACGGUGCUCGGGAACCUGCUCAUCCUCCUGGCCAUCUGCUCUGACUCCCACCUCCACACCCCCAUGUACUUCUUCCUCUCCAACCUGUCCUUCAUUGACAUCUGUUUCAGCAGCACCACAGUCCCUAAUAUGCUUGUGAACAUCCAGACACACAGCAAAGCCAUCACCUAUACGGGCUGCCUCACCCAGGUCUGCUUCACCCUGGCUUUUGCCGGAUUGGAGAACUUUCUCCUCGCAGCGAUGGCAUGGGACCACUAUGCAGCCAUCUGCCACCCACUGAGGUACGUGCACAUCAUGAGUCCCCGGCGGUGUGGUCUGCUGGUGUUGGUCUCCCUGCUCCUUAGUGCUCUGGACACCCUUCUCCAUAGCCUGAUGGUCUUACAGCUGUCCUUCUGCAUGCACCUGGAAAUCCCCCACUUCUUUUGUGAACUUGCCCAAGUCAUCAAGCUCACCUGCUCUGAUGCCCUCAUCAACAACAUCCUGGUGUACCUGGUGACUAGCGUGUUAGGUGGUAUUCCUCUCCUUGGCAUUAUUUUCUCUUAUGUUCAAAUCAUCUCCUCCAUUCUGAGGAUGCCAUCAGCUGGGGGAAAGCAUAAAGCUUUUUUCACCUGUGGAUCUCACCUCUCGGUGGUCUUACUGUUCUAUGGAACAGCUUUUGGGGUGUACAUUAGCUCUGUAGUUACUGAUUCUUCCAGAAAGACUGCAGUAGCCUUGGUGAUGUAUACAGUGAUCCCCCCAAUGAUGAACCCCUUUAUCUACAGCCUGAGGAAUAGGGACAUGAAGGAAGCCCUGAGGAAACUCAUUGAAAGAACAUCCUUUUUGUGA